AUUCCAUCGAAGACAACUUCCUUUCCCAUCGCUUCAGCGCUCGAUCAUGUCCGCUUCAUUAGCGCCCGAAUGUAAUGAGGUGAAAGAACGCUACGAUUCGUGUUUUUUGAAAUGGUAUUCGGAAAAGUUCAUCCGAGGGACGGCGAAGACAGAUGAGUGUGAGCCACUGUUCAAGCAAUACAAGGAGUGCCUGGGGAAAGCACUGAAGGAGCGAGGAAUUGACACGAUGCUGGAGGAGGCGAGAGCAGAUAACAAGGAGAAUGAUUUGGAGUACAUGAAGCCCAGUCCGAAGGUGGCAUGAACAAUGCUGUUGAUUUUUGCGCAUAGCGAAGGCGUUUGAUGGACGAGC